UACCCAGUCUCCUGACCGGGUCCUUUUCAAGAUGGCGGUCGAAUUUGACAUUUUUUUGCUUUAAAAGUUUGAAAGGAACUUCAUAGUUUUCGCCUGGGAAGAUUUUGUGUUUUGAAGUUUUUUGGGGCAGGAUGCCUUUCAUAAUAAUAUGUGGUUAUCCUGCAUCGGGAAAAACGACAAGAUGUAGUGAACUUCAGGAGUAUUUUACUCAAAAACACGGCAAAGGAGUCGAGGUUAUUAACGACGAUAUGCUAGAAUUCGACAAGAACACCGUGUAUUCGUGUGAGUAGAGACUGGUGGAGGGAAAUUAGCGAGCUCAAUGGAUUGUAGUAUGCUUUCAUAGCACUAAAUAUGGCCUGGAAUAUCAACAAAUGCCAGAAAAGUCUUUUAACUAGUCCAGUCUCGUGAGUCUCACCCAUACGGAAACCCUGGCGUUUGUGGCCCAGCCCUGGUUCUUACCUUGAUAUAUAGAACUAAAUAUUUCUUUCACUCUCCCCCGUCCUCUGUUCCCCUCUUAUAUCUCCAGCUACUAAGCUCGAUAUAAAUGCCUCCCCAUCUCUAUCUCUUCUUUAUAUGGUGUGUCCAUAUGCCAUCAACCAACUGUGAUUUCAGAACGAUGUACCGAACAUCUGCCAGAAAGAGCUUGAUUGUUCCCUGUAGAUACUAUAGAUUCUCUUCCCGAGGCUUUCUGUAUUCAUUAAUUUGGACUGUUGCCCCGUGUGGCAGUGUUGGAGUGAUUCCCAAAAAAAUUCUAUCAUUCACUGUACACUACAAAUCCAACUUUUUCAUGUUUUCAAUUCAGCAUCAGCAAAUGAGAAGUCUGCGAGGGGGUCAAUGAAGUCAGCAGUCGAAAGGUAUAACAUAGAUAAAUCUUGAAAUUGUGGCACACAAGCUCGACUGCACGCCAAACGAUUGUACAGGUUUAACUAAUUUGUACAAUAUUUACUUUGCUCAAAAAAGAUUGAUGUCAAGAGAUAUUGUUGUUAUACUCGACUCCUUAAAUUACAUCAAAGGUAAAUUUGAAAAGCGUUUUCAUUUGUAUACAAAAUUUUCAGUACCAACGUAACCUAACUUAAUUUCGUGUCCAGGUUAUAGGUAUGAAUUGUACUGUUCUGCCAAGGCACACAAAACACCGCAUUGUGUGGUGAGUCUCGCAUUUUGGGUAAAAUUACCAGAGCCUUGUUAAUCAGUUAAAACAUUACCAGUAAAAUGAUCAUAACGGGUACAUUUGAAUUAUUACAAUUAAGAUUUACUGCGAAAGCUCAAAAGAAAAUUGCAUUGAAUGGAAUAGAAAACGGGAUGAUAAAUACAAUGACGAACUGUACGUAUUAUCACAAGAACUUUAUCCUGUAGUGAUUUGAAAGAAGGAAAAUUGUUUUAAAAACAAUGCAUUAGCCCAUCGUUCUUUCCUAAGAAUAAAUGAUGAUGAUCUUUUAUUUCCCAGAAUGGAUGAACUGGUUAUGCGUUUUGAACCACCUGAUUCCAAGAAUCGCUGGGACUCACCCCUGUUUACAAUCCAGGCAAGAUUAAGGCUACGUUGACACUAUACCAGAUAGCUUUCCGUAGCGACGCGAAAAAGCACCUAUCCGAUACGGAAUGUACAAUCUUUCAGAAGCUGAGAGAAACAACAUCUCUCCGUUGCAAUAAUUCCUCUGAAAAUAGUGUUCCUAUAAAAGGUAUGGAUAGGUGUCUUUUUCGCGUCGCUACGGAAAGGUACAAGUGUAAACUUAGCCCAAGACUAAGUUUAGAUUAGAAGUUGUUUGGAAAAAAUAAGUCAUUUUCGUGUAGCCUACAUUCCUAACACCAUAAAUCAUGUAUGUAGGUUGACGACACUCUACCUUUUGACGCCAUAUAUGAUGCUGUUAUUAAUCGGAUCCCGCCGCCACCAAAUCAAUCAACACAAUGUGUAGGUAGCAUUGUAUUAUCCAUAUCAUGGUUUGCUUUGCCUUUCAACUGUUUUCCAUCUCUUUACCAGCAACCGUUAUCAGCUACGAAUUUUCUCAACGAUCUGGAUAGAAAAACGCAAGACGUUAUUACAGUAAGACCUUUUGUGACCGAAGUACAUAACAUGUGCACAGCAAUGUAAACAUCUUAGGACUCAAUUACACUAUCAGAGUUUUUUCAGUAGAUUAAGUACAGUUUCAUCAAAGUGUCUAACAGUGUAAACUUCUUCGACUCCCUUGGUUGAUGCAAAAUUUUUGGCACAAUUUUCAUAAAUGUUUUGACAACAUGUAUCAAAUGGUUUAGAAUCUUAAACUUUCAAUUUUAGGCGAUCUUGGCAGCACAAAGAACAAGUCUUCCUGGAGAGCUCAUCUCUAUCCCUGGAUCUACCAACAAGGUUGCCAUGCCAUUCUUGGUUAUAACGUUGCUACUCAAUUACUGUCGUUCCAAUUGAAGUGUUGCUCAAAUAUUGAUUCAAUACAUUACCUCGGGUACCCUGGAUGCCAGAGCCUUCGACAGUGAAUAAUAAAUUGAAACGUCGCGAAGGCUCUGGUUCAACGGGGCGAUUCUCUGAUUAAACCACGCCAAUCACAAAACAGAAUUAGUGGUUUUAGUACAGAUUCUGUAAUUGAAUCAAUAUUUGAGCAACACUUCAAUUAGAACGACAAUAAGCAUUUUAAAACAUUCGCAGUACGUGUUUUAUCAGACCUAAAGAUACUCGGCUUCGCCUCGUAUCUUUAUAUCUAAUAAAACACUGCUGCUCAUGUUUUAAAUAGUACAUAUCCAGGCAUCUGAGGAAACCAAAGUUGUGAAAUUGGGUGUAAAUUUGUCUAUUCCUAUCUGCAUCUCCUCAAACAAGUGAGAAACUAAUAGCUCUGAAUUUUCACUUGUGUAACUUAGGUGCAUUUUCAACGUCACGUGACAAUGGGUGAGCUCCGUCGGCUAAGGAAACAAUUCAUCACCUACUCUAAGAUGCAUCCGGUUGAAGAUACCAGCAAGCUUGGAAAUAUGUUUGUGGAUUACCUUAACAGCACGGUUACAUGAAGUAUCCAAGUUGGUUGGGACGCCUUGUUGAUAAUCUGUGAAUAAUCUGCAAAAGAACUAUAGACCACCUCUGCAAACAUGCACGUUGUCAAAUAAUGAGAUAUUGUUGUGCUGAGAACAGAUGAAUAUGCAAUUAAUUAAAAAGACAAGGAAUAAAUGUUUUCUUUUAUACCCAGAGUAAUUCUGUCAUUGUUGUAAGCUGGCUAAGCUGGUGUGUUUUGUGUCUGAACUACCUGAAAAUGACUGAAAAUACUUCCAGCGCUUCAAGCCCUUCUUUGGGACUUCAAAGCGUUUUUAAUCAUUUUAAGUCAGACACAAACCAUGCAGCCACGGUAGCUUAUUGUGAAAUAACUACCUACACUCAACCCUCACAUCUGAGGUACCUUUUUCAAGUAGUUCCGACACAAACCACGGCAGCUUACCAUUACUCUAUACCUCUUUCCUCCGCAGAAACAGCGGCUCCACUCGUGUUCCAAGAUCCGCCAUGUGAAGUGUGGUGAAAUGUAUCUCAAUACUAAUCGUAUAAAUCAUAGCCAACUAAAGCCUCUGCGGAGGAGAGAGACUCUAUACCAACAGGCCACAAUUUGAGUGUGUUAGAAAUUGAUACUAUAUUUUCUUGAUUCUGACUGUUAUAUGUGCAUUGAAAUGAUAUUAAAUUAAAUAAAUACAAAAUUGAUUUUUCCCAAUUAACAUGAAUUGUCGUUUGUCUAUUAAUCAGGACCGAUUCUCGGCCCAUUGUCUACAAAAUAUAUUAUCUGCAAUCCUGUUGCUUUUUUUGAAAUUUAGUGUGACGUUGUCAACGAAUUAAAUUCGACAUCUAAAACCGACGAAAGAGUGAUAGUCUGAGUUUAUGUUGUGUUGUACGUAAAUGAGUUUGUUUAAAUAUAUCGACGUUACAUCGGUCAGCCUCACGACCAAAUUGAGACUAACCGUACAAUAAUUCUUGGCAAUCACCGCAGCAAACGAUUCAUUUCAGUUCAUUUCCUAAGCCCAUCCAUUUGUUAGGUAUCAUUAAGAAAUAGCGUUGCAUUGCCUCGCAGAAUCUCUCUCGGUAGAGUUCGGGCGAGACUACAGUCGGCAUUUUACCUUGUCCUCCGAGAAUACCUGUUGACUUCACGUACAUCUCCAGCUUUUUAUCCCACGUGAAUGUACGGAUAUAAUCUAGAGAAAUAAAAAUAAAUGGCUGAAUAGAUGGGAAGAUACG